UAACUUUAUUCGUGUAGCUGCAUCCAUAUGGUUCCAGUCUGGAUGUGGAAACAGAAAUCUGUGCAGGCAGGAGGAGAAAUAGCAGCUGGAAAACGGUCGCUUUCCCCGGCGAACUCUUCUUCUUCUUCGGUUGUUUUAUUUUUUGUUAUUUGAAGCCCUGCCUGCAGCAGGUUUAGCAGCUAAUCAGUCUGCAAUGAGCUGCUGAAGAGGGAGUCGAGCAUGGCCGGAGACGUGGAUAAAAGCACCCCGGAGAGAGAGCGCAGCACCGGGGGCAGUGGGCAGAGGAGUCCGGGAUGUGGAGCCUGGUUCCGCGGAUGGAUGUGGACGCUGCUGGCGGUCUGCGCGGUUCCUCUGGCUGGUUUUGGGAUAAAAUACUACCAGAACUCCCAGCUACUCAGGCGUCAUGAAGAGGCGGUUCAGACUCUGGGUGUCGAAGGCCUGUUCCUCUUCUCCUCCCUGGACACGGACCAUGACCUGUACCUGAGUCCGGAGGAGUUCAGACCCAUCGCAGAGAAGCUCACAGGGAUCACAGCGCCGGUGGAUCUGGAAGAGGACGUGAUCGACGACCCAAACGGAGAGACUCUGGUUCUGGAGGCCAGCAUGAAGCCUCUGCUGCUGGACUCCAUGACAAAAAGCCGCGACGGCUUUCUUGGGGUUUCUCACAGCUCGCUGAGUGGCCUCCGCUCCUGGACGCAACCCGUCGUUCCCUCCUCCUCGUUCCCCGCCGGACACUUCCGGGUGUUUCUGCCCCCAAAGGGCAAAACGCAGCCGGGAGACGCAUGGUGGGUCAUUCCCAGUGAGCUCAACAUCUUCACUGGCUACCUGCCCAACAACCGCUACCACCCUCCAACCCCAAAGGGCAAAGAGGUUCUGAUCCACUCCCUGCUGAGCAUGUUCCACCCGCGGCCUUUCAUCAAGUCGAGGUUUGCACCGCAGGGAACCGUCGCCUGCAUCCGAGCCAGCAGCGACUUUUACUAUGACAUCGUCUUCAGGAUCCACGCAGAGUUCCAGCUCAAUGAUGUUCCAAACUUUCCCUUCUGGUUCACCCCGGGUCAGUUUACCGGAAACAUCGUCAUCUCUAAGGAUGCCUCCCACGUCCGUCACUUCCGCCUUUAUGUCCCCAGUAACAGGUCUCUGAACGUGGACAUGGAGUGGCUGUAUGGCGCCAGCGAGAGCAGCAACAUGGAGGUGGACAUCGGUUACCUGCCACAGUUGGAACUGCGGUCUACAGGCCCCUCCACUCCCUCUGUCAUUGUGGACGAGGAUGGAAACGUCAUCGACAGCCGGGACGGACGCAGCGAACCCAUCCGCUUCGUCUUUGAGGAAAUUCGCUGGACCUCAGAGAUCAAUCAGGAGGAAGCUUCCCACCGCCUGGAGGUCACUUUCUACCCGUUUAAGAAGGUCCCCUACUUGCCUUUUGCAGAGGCUUUUGAGCGAGCCGAGUCGGAGAAGAAGCUGGUCCAUUCGAUUCUGCUCUGGGGAGCUUUAGAUGACCAGUCCUGCUGAGGUUCGGGGCGAACUCUCCGGGAGACGGUCCUGGAAAGUUCGCCCGUCCUCGCUCUGCUCAACCAGAGCUUCAUCAGCAGCUGGUCUCUGGUCAAAGAGCUGGAGAACAUGCAGGCUGACAAGCAGAACCCUGCACUGAGCGAAAAGGCCCAGUUACAUCUGGAGAAGUACAACUUCCCAGUGGAGAUGUUGGUGGCGUUGCCCAAUGGAACCAUUGUCCACCACAUCAACGCUAACUACUUCCUCGACCAAACGGCAAUGAAACCAGAGGAUGAAGGGGCAACUUUCAGUUUUUCUGGGGGGUUCGAGGACCCCUCCACAUCCACGUACAUCAACUUCCUGAAGGAAGGCCUGGAGAAAGCAAAGGACUCUAUAACCCAGUACUAACUGUGUAUUUCACAGCAACUGGCACCAGCCAGCAUUUACAGAAGAUUUAUCAUCCGUCUGCAGUAAAAAAAAGUUUUUUUUUCUCCUUUUUCCGCUUUGUUUUUAUUUGCUUAAACACUUUUUGUGGUGAAAUUAGGGCUGCAAAUUUAGUAAUCAGUUAUUCUGACAUAGGGCUGGACAAUAAUCAAUAACACAUUUCUUGAUAGAUCAAUAUAAACUGAUAUUACAUUUGAUAAAAUGUUCAAUAAUUGCAUUCAAACUCUCAUGGCUACUUUAGCAAGUUGGUGGAAUCUUCUAACCGACUCAUUCAUUGGUUCCCUAGCAACAGCUUGUUGAGUAACUUAUGGUUCCCUAGCAACAGCUUGUCGAGUAACUUAUGGUUCCCUAGCAACAGCUUGUCGAGUAACUUAUGGUUCCCUAGCAACAGCUUGUCGAGUAACUUGCACAGCAGCAGUUUAAAGUUCUGCCACAGUGACUCAUAACUGCUUAAAAAUAAAAACUUUAUAGGUAGAAUAAGAAACGUGCCAAAAGUUUGAUAGUAUUUCAGAUAUUUAAAACAAAAACUAAUGAACAAUUAUCAAUAUCGACUGAUGCAUAAAGCCCUAUUAUUGAUGUUGUAACUGCUUAAACUUCCUUUAUACAUUAGAAUUGCAUUAAAAUAUUCUUUAAAAAUGCAAUUUUUUAUUAAAUAAAAAAUACAAUUUUUGAUCUUAAUUUCAAUAAUUUUUUGACCAUUAAUCAAAUAAAAAUAUGCUCUAAAAUGAAUGUAAAUUUCUAUUUUCUAUUUACAAUUUUUGCUUAAUUACUGAUGUAAUUCUGUAUACACCAGUUAAUGAUUAAUUACUUAAUUAGUUCAUGAUUAUUUCAGAAAUGAAUCGGACUUCAUUUGAUUAAUCACUGUGGUCUAGUUAGCAAUUAAUCAGUUACUAAAUUAUUUGAUCAUUUCAUAGAUUAUUAAUCACGAUUAAUGGUUUCAGUCCUAGUCAAAGUAACCUUUUAGCAGACAGUGGGCUCUUCUUCUUGGCCUUGGCUGUGUGCUGUUGAAAUGUUUUGGCUCCCGCCGUGUUUUGUGCAUUUUGUGACGUCGUUGCCUGAAAGCUCUCUGAGUCGGGCGACGCCUGAUGUUGAUGCCGCUGCAGCUGCAGGAGCAAAAACUCAAACUGGCACUAAAAUGUGUUGAGUCCAGAUGUGAAUGUGAUCAGACCAAAGCGCAUCGUUUCAUCUUUAUUCCACUUUAUUCACGUUUACAGGAGACAAAACUGAUGUUUUAACUGUAAAGAUGUUUAGUAUAGAACCUGUUUUACUGUUUUCAUCGUUAAUUUACGUUUGAGGGUAAAACAAGUUGGUUUCUACAAACUUUGCAGAACUUUAACUAGGUCAUUUCAGUUUCUUGUACAAAGCCUUUUGGAGAAACAACAGUUAUUCCCUGAACUAUUGGUGCCAUUUUUCAUAAUAAAUACACAUUUUUCUGUACAAGUUGGUCUUUUUUAUUAACGGUUCUGGUCAGAAACAUUAACGGAGGAGAAUUCAAACAUCCAAACAGAUUUAAAGUGUUUUCUCUGCAGCUGGAUAAGAAAUGUUGAACCAAAUAUUAGGAGGCAGUUUAGAUCAAAAAAAUGAUCAAUAAAUUCAAAGCUGUGAAUUAAACUUUGCCUUAAAAAACUGAAAUGUUUUAUAGAAUUACGACGGAGCGAUAGAACCACGCUAAGAAAAUAAAAUAUGAGGGUCAAGUGUCGUAAUUAGUUUCCAUCGGCCUCUUAAUAUUAAGAGUCAACUGAGAAUUAAGUCAAAAUAAUACAAGAAUAAAGUUGCAAUAUAAAACAGUCAUGAGAAUAAAGUCAUAUGAUCAUUGAAUUAUUCUCAGUUCUUUUAAAAUACUAAGACUAUUUUCAAAAUAUUAUGACUUUAUUCUCAUUAUUACAUUAUUAAUAGUAUGAAUAGAUGAAUCGUUAAUGGAUUGAAAUAAUCUAAUUUAGUAGUACUUUAUUCAGUAUUGAUAAUAAAGCCAUAGUACUAUGACUUUAUUCUCAUAAAUUAAAUUUUUAGUUUUUAUUUUGGUAGUAUGGCCGUAAUACUUCAUCGUUUAAAAUCACUCCAACUUAAAGAACAUUCAUCAUUAAACCCCCAGAACAAAAUGGCGUCUCUGCAGGUGACGAGUCACAGCAAACGUUUCACCAGCCGUGUGGAUCCGUUAAGCAACCAUCCAGACUCACAUGGUGCAGAUUUCCAAGGAUGGACGUCGGGUAGGAGGGUCAGAGUCUGGAGCAGCAGUGAUGACGGUCGUCCUCCAGUUUCUACGGCGUUUUACCGUAGGACAG